AUGGAAGAAACGCCAGCUCCUGAUCAACCGAAUGAACGCAAACGACUUUAUUUUCUUUUAAUAAAUAUAAAUCUUUUCGAUAAUAAUGAAGAAUUAUCUCUUGAAGAACAAUUACGUGGAACAAAAAUAUUCCUUAGCUUAUUGAUCAUCAGUCUGAGUAUUGCUGUUUUUUUCACUAGUUUUAAUGUUCAUACAAAUACUGUAAUUAUUCAAUCACCAAAUGAACAUAAUUUCGAAAAAUUAUCUAUUCAAUAUUCAACAACACUUUCAUGUCCAUGUACACGAAAUGCCAUUCGACAUGAUCAAUUUCUUUCAUUCAAUAUAUCUUAUCAUCCAAUAUGUACAAGUCAAUUCGUAAAUCAAACAUUUAUUUCAUCUUUAAUGGAGUUUAAUAUGAGUAAUUAUUAUCCAUUAGAUUAUCGUAUAAUGGCAGCAUCUCAUUUUCAAAUAAUUGCUUUACUAUGUCGAACAAUAAAACAAAUGGUAUCUGAUGUUUUAGAAGAAUUUACUACAACAUAUAUGAUCACUAAUAAAGCUUUAUUUCAUAAUAUAUUCAAUGUUCAAGUAGCAGCAUUAGUUGAACAAUUAAAAACAACAACUAUGGCUAAUAUCAAACAUAUAAAUGAUUUUCUUUGGUUUAAUAUUUUUCAAAACCGACUCGUAUCAGGAUUGCGUACGAACUAUUAUAUUCAGACUAUACCCGGUUCUACAACUAGUUUCUACUACAUUUCUGGUUAUGCAAACUGGAAUAAUACAUGUAAUUGUGCAUUAAACGAUAAUUGUGUACAUCAAGCUGGUAUUUAUAAUCUGACUGGACGUAGAAAUCUACACACACCAUAUAUUUUCGGUAAUUUAACUGAUGUUAGAUAUUUAUUAUUAACGAUACCCGGUGUCAUGGUUGGAUGUUUACCAUAUAAUUCUAUAUUAGCAUCAACAUUAGAAUGUUUCUAUAAUCAAUCAUGUAUUGAACAAAUUCAACUAUUUCUGAGAGGUUUUUCAUUGGUCAAAACACUUUCAUCAUCUCGUUUUGAACACAAUACAACAGUAAGUGAUCUAUUAGAUCAAUUAUUUAUUGAAUUAUGGAAUCCAAUAAUUAAUUUUACUGGUUAUUUUCAUAUGUGUUCUCCACUUUCAUGUACAUAUUCAUAUGAUCGACGAUUCAAUUUAUUUUAUGCUAUUAUUACUACCAUAAGUCUUUUUGGUGGUCUUAAGACAAUUUUAUAUUUUUCUACACUAGCAUUACUCAUACUCAUACAAAGAAUUCGAAAUUGUAAAAAUGUUCGGAAUACAAAUGAUGAAACUUCAACAAUAGAUCAAACACACAAUAUAAAUCGAAGUGAGCUUCUUACUAUUUGUUUGACUAGUUUAUGUCUUGUUUUAUAG